AUGUGGUGGGAUUCAUCGCUCAUCGAAGCCACUGUCACACGACAGUUCGUCUGCUCGCACCUUAUCCCCGAGGAAAUCGACCGGCUCGAUCGGCCGUUGGGCUUUGGUGAUGGGUUGACUGAUGGUACCUACUGGGAAUGGAUCGAGAAGGCGAAACGGAUUUUCCUCAUCUUGGCAGACUUGGGAGUGCCGGAUCAGAUAUUUGGCAUCAUCGACGAUAGCUGGGAUGAUGACGACCUCCCUAUUGCGCUUGACCAGGUUGCACGAUUAUCUCUCACCCCUGGCAAAGAUGAUAAACUCGCCAAGAAGUUUUACACACGGCAAUUCCACUACCUCGUCCGUUACAUUGACAAGGGCAAGCACGUUGUCUACCAGGACGAUGAUUUGAUACCUGUUGUCGUAGACAAACGAGCGGGUCUAACCACCAACGCUGCUGUGGAGCGGGUCGAACUACCCAAUAAGCCUGGUGAGGCAUUCUUGCGUCGCCGAUUUUCGAUCGGAACGGGCCCCGUCAAUAUAUCGAUGGAAAACUUUUGGUUUGAGAUCAACAGUAUUAAAAACCUACAGAGCGGUCACUUAGCCUCAUACUACGGCUCUUAUGUCCAUCAAGGGUGUGCGUAUGUCAUCUUCACAAACCCGACCGAUUUCAGCCUCAAAUCGCUCUUAUCGACGACACCCGGCCCAUGGAAAUCGUUAGCAAAACAAGAACGAAGACAGCUGAUGAUGAAUUGGAUUCACUGUCUGACAGACACGUUAUGUUAUAUUCACAGGCAGCGUCGAUCUCAUGGGAACAUCAAGCCGUCUACGAUACUAUUCCGGUCUGAUAAUCUGAUAUUCUACAACAGCAUGUCCCGGUUGUGCGGCGAAGCAGCUGUCAGCGCAUCCGAGAAAUCAGUCUUCGAUAGAGAGUCGUACGACUUCGCAGCUCCGGAACAGUGGUAUCGACCUUCGGUAAACUCACAUCGGAAGACCCUGUUGGCGCAAUCCUCGGCAUCCACAUCUUCAGAUAGCACUACGUUCUCUAUUAGUCGAGGAGGCUCGGAGACCAGCAGCAAUGCCAGCUCUGCACUUCACACACCCAACCCGCUCCUCGAUCCUCAGGCGGCAGACAUCUUCUCGCUAGGGUGCGUGAUAUUGGAGUUGAUUGGUCUCUUGAUGAAGCGGACGGCAAAAGCAUUUGCUUCUCACCGCGCAGCAAAACACAAGCUUGCCGGCAGGGGAGGCGCAGUCCCCGACUCGUCAUUCCACAAGAACCUAAACCAGGUUGAGUCUUGGAUGACCGGACUAGCAAAAGAUGCAGCCAAGAAGGACGACCUCAUCUUCAGGGGGAUCGGACCAAUGCUGCACAUCGUAGCCCGGAUGCUCUCAGUGCUGCCGAGUGAGAGGCCGACGGCUCAGGAGGUUGAGCAAGCCAUGUACAAGAUCCUUACAGAAAAGUGCCAGAUCGCAGAGCCACAUUGCGUUCACCAGUACGGGGAGCUCAGUCUAGGACUCGGGAAUCUCACGAUCAAUCAACCGAACGGGAAUUUCAGCAUCGCUACGAGACCAUCGAGGCCCAGCUCGAGCAUCAGUGGCCAUCGACGAUCGGGCAGCAAUCUCAAUAAUCUCGACAGGGGCAGGGCCACUAGCUCUACGGGAAGCAGCAGCAGUGGCCAUCUUCUACUUCAGGAUAUACGGUCGUCGCACACGCGACCUGAUUGGCAAACCCAUUCCCACAGCAACAGCCCUACAUAUGCCGUGGGGACGUAUUAA